AUGUCUUCGUACAUCUACUUCCGCGUGACCGGGUCUGUCCAGGGUGUCUCGUUCCGUCAAAGCACGGUGGAGAAUGCGAAUGCGCUUGGCCUGCGUGGCUGGGUGCACAACGAGCCCGAUGGCUCGGUGUCGGGUGAGGCCGCGGGCCCAACCGAGCACGUCCAGAAGCUGCGCGACUAUCUGCACCAGGGUCCCCAGGCUGCGCGUGUUGACAAUGUCGACAUCAUGUUUAUCAAGAACCACGAUAUUUCCACGUCGACGCUCCCCGUGCCGUUUGAGCUGCGCGAGUAA